AACAAAACAAAAAGAAGUUGAUCUGCUAUAUGACAUUUUUAUUUACUGUUUUAAAUGCCAAAUGAAUAAUAAAUAUAUAAAUUGUAUCUAUAUGGCUAAAAUAAUUGUAAUGUGUCAAAUCAUCACACAAAGAUGCGCAUCGAAUGAUGUGAGAGGGAAAAGAAACAAACCUACUUUCUAUUUCUAGAGCUUUAAUGAUGAUGUAAAAGAAAAUGGUUACAUUUUUUUUACAUGAGAAUAAAUGCCACUGUAGGAAAUACAAAAUUAUACAACUAGCAUAGCUAGAGGUUGAUAUUUACAUACACUGAAUAAAUUUGUUUAUCAGGGAGAAAUACAAAUCUAGUUUUACUAGUUUUAAAAGUUAGGAUGGUGGUUUAUUUUAGAUUACUAUGUUUGUUCUAAUCAACCCUUUGGUUAAAAAGGCUUGUUGUAUACAUUUUCUAAAUAAAUAAAUGUAGAAUUAUAAAAAAAAUGUAGAAUUAUUAAAACAUAAUUAAAUAAAGAAAAAAAGAAAAACCGAAAGACAAAAAAUGUCCUCAAUUUGUCUGUGUGCCGUAUAACCUCCUACCACACGGUGGCGGUACUGCGCCGUAGAGCUCGUUACUAUUUGUCGUUAAAACCGGAAGUAGAUGACAGAAUGGCAAACUGCAUCGGUAAUAGUGAUGCUGUGGAGACAUCCGAAACUUUUUAAAAUAUAAACUUUUACAUCACCUUGUCGUUUUCGUUCUUUUGAUGAAUCGUUCACGGCCUGUGGGUCUUUCGGGACUGUGCCGAGUCACUGAUCAUCUGUACCUGAGUAACAGCAAAUCUGCUAACGAUUUAUCUCAGCUGAGAGUCAACAAGAUCACCUGCAUCAUCAACGUCAGCGAAUCCAGGAGCAGCUGUCCUCCUGGGGUGGAGGAGUACAUCCACAUCCCUGUGUCCGAUUCCCCGCAGUCCCCUCUCGGAGAUCACUUCGACUGGGUCGCGGACAAAGUUCAAGUCGCGGCUGAAAACGAUGGACGCACGCUGGUGCACUGUAACGCGGGCGUGAGCCGCUCGGCCGCUUUGUGCAUCGCUUUUCUGAUGAGACACCGAGGCGCCAGCCUGCUGGAGGCUCACGCGUGGCUGAAGAGCUGUCGACCCAUUAUUCGGCCGAACCACGGGUUCUGGAGGCAGCUUAUCCAGUAUGAGACCGAACUGAGAGGGUGCAGCUCGGUGCGAAUGGUUCCCUCUCCCAUCGGAGAGAUACCGGACAUUUAUGGAGAGGAGGCCAGGAACAUCACACCUCUAUAAUAACACUUUUAGUCUUUUUCUGCAAAGAAAUUUCUCAUGCUGCAACAUUUUACCCUCUUGACUUAUGCAGCAUGAGGAAAAUGCUUUUAAAAAAUCUACAUUAUGUCAUGUUUUUAUUAUUUAAAAGUAAAGAAUAAAAUCAAAUUUCUUUCCAAGCUUUUUUUUAGCUGUUGUAUUUUCCACACACUUUAGUCCCUCCCCAUUUGUUUAAUGCAAGUCCUUUGUAAAUUAGUAUCAUCAUUUGAAAACCAUAGCUGUUACUGUCUAUCAUUGGAUUUAUUUAGGUCUAUAUCAAUCUGAAAGGCAGAAGACAUAACAUUAGAAAAAUACCAUCAGUCAAAACAAUAUAUAAAAGCGUUUAUUUCUUUUUAAGAAAAAGGAAACACCCAGCUAGUCAGUUUUUGGUCUAAUUUGCAGAAAAACAGCUUUGAUGAACAAACAACUUUGUCUCUGGUAUUGCCCACUUCUGGUUUUGAGAAAGGUGUUCAUACAAAUAUAGAAAAUGCUACAUGUUUAAGGAUUUCACAGUAAACCCUUUAACAAGUUAUUACUGCCAAGUAGUGUUUGAGCUUUUAGUCAUCUCUCACAAAAAAAGAAACUUCCUUGUCCACCACCAUCUGGAAAAUAAAUAGUUGCAAAACAGGCACUAUGAGAGCUAUGCAAAUCACAGUAAAAUGACUAUUUGGCAAAAGUCUGUCAUUUAAAAACACACAAAGCUACAAAUAAUGGAAGCUUGCUUUUUUGUAUUAGUGGUCAUCCCAAAAGAAUUAUUUGUAACUAAUAAAGUAUUUCCAGCACAAUGAGGCAGUCAAACCCGACAUUUAAAAAACAAAAGAAAAGACAAACAGUUUUUCAACUUGCAGCUUUCAGCUAAUUUUUCCUAAGAAUGGAACCCACAAAUUGUCAAAAUUGAGAUUAUUCAUCCAAAAUUUGAUUUGAGGUUCACAGACAGCACAAAAAAUGACACAUUACACAUGAUGUUCAGUAUGGAUAUACCAAUUGGCAUUUAUACACACAUCCAGCAUUCUAAGAUGGCUUCUUUAUAUUCCCUUCACAAUCCUUUUAUUUCUUCAACAAACAGUUAUGAUGAGUAACAGAAAUAUCCUGAGUCAACCCACACUUUCAUCCCGAGGCAAGUGCAAAAACUGCAUUCUUCCUUCACCUAGAUUUCAUUUCAGCUUUUUUUCUGUAAGGCAAAAAUGUCAUCUGCAUAGUCAUGCAACAAAUAUUGACAGGUAAAAAAAAAAAA